UUUAAAAAAACUUCAGAAUGGGUAAGGAAAAGGUUCAUAUCAACAUUGUGGUCAUUGGUCACGUCGACUCUGGAAAGUCGACCACUACUGGUCACUUCAUCUACAAGCUUGGAGGAAUUGACAAGCGUGUGAUGCAGAGGUUUGAGAAAGAAGCUGCUGAAAUGAACAAGAGGUCAUUCAAGUAUGCUUGGGUGCUUGACAAGCUCAAGGCUGAGCGUGAACGUGGUAUCACCAUUGAUAUUGCCUUGUGGAAGUUUGAGACCACGAAUGUUACUGCACAGUAUCAAAUAGCAGUCGUGAGAGUCUUAACCGAUGAACUAAAAAGAAGCAGGCCACUGGAUUAA